AGUGCACCCCGACCCACUCCACACCUGCAGAAGCCGCUGCCCCCUACUUGGAAAAGGAAAAGCCAGCGCACUGUGAUCGGAAAAGAGAAGAACGAAACCUUUUUCUUUUUUGCGCGACACCACCAGCGACACUCCGUUAUGUCGAAGUACCCUCCCGAGAAGGCGUCGGCGCCGAACAGCGGGGCUGACGACGACGAGGAGGAAGAGGAGGAGGAGGAGGAAGAGGUGGCGGAAUGGACUGAAUUGAUGCCACUGGUGGAGUUGGAUGCCAUGGAGGAUGGCCCGAGCACCUACGUUGUGGGCGGCUACAGUACCUGCUCGUACCUCGGCGAGGCCACUGACCUCGUGAAGUACAAGGAGGAUAUUGUGGUGGUCUUUCCUGGUGUCUACCCCGACGCACGACCGCCAUCGGAUGCGGCCGGGGAGGCGCUCGAGUUAAAUGAGGCGCAACUCGGUGGACUGCGCAUCUACAGCGUCCGCUACGCACGUGAGCACCCCGAAGCCGGCAGAGAGAGCAACGUCGGUGCGUCUUCCGCCUCUUCCUCUGCGUCACCCAAGUACGCUGCCUCAUCAAAGCGUCGGGUGGGGCCGUGGUUUACGUGGUUGACGGCUGCCGCGACGACGACGCUGCUUACCCAAGAGGGCAGCGGUGAAGGGUCGGAUACACACAGCAACAGCAACGAGGCUCGGACAGCGAAUCCGCUGAAGACCGCCGCCAGCAGGGCGAUGGCCGCGACGGAUGCACAGCACACGCACAAUGUGGUGACGACGACAACAAGCGGCUCCAGCGUGUUCGCACCAGUCAUCAGCGCCACCACCGCGAACGCGAACCUCUACCCCGUUUUCGACUUUCCUCUUUCGAUGGUGUACGAGGACGACGACGGCAGCGCGGCGGCGGGUGGUCUCCCGCACUACAAACAGGAACUCAGCGAAGAGGAGGCCGAUGAGGAGACCGAAAACGACGACGAAGAGGACGGCGGCAACCACCGCAGCAACAAUGCCGGUGGCGAAGGCGAGGAUGAAGACGGCGCCGGCUCCGCCAGCCAGACAGGCAAGUCAGCCGGUGCUGCGGCGGUGAGGAUCGAGCGUGCCAUCACGCUAGCCGGCUGUUGUGCGCGUGGUGGUCUCACGCUUGGCGCUCUCACACGCAGCACGGUACAGCAUUGCGUCGUUGGCACCCCACAGUCAUCAUCGCCAUCGUCCGCGCUGCGCAUUGCGGUGACGGCUGCACCGCUGACAGAGGCCAUCGUGGACCACUGCCUCGUGUACGGCGGCACGUCCUACGGCGUGUACGCCUUCCCCCGUGCCUCACUCACCCUGCAGAAUAGCCUCAUCGAGGGCCCGAAUGCAGAGGCGGAGAAGACGUGUGGGGAAGCAGUGACGGGGGACGGCAGUGGCAAUGCCGCGGCGGCAGCAGCAGCGGAGGGGCUGAUGGAUGUCAACGGCACAUCGGUGCUGGAGCAGCUCGAGCACCGUCUGACACGUGCGCAGCGCCUACGUGCGUUCCUCCAGCGCGCCGAGGAGGCGGAGGCGGGCGACGCUGGCAACCGCCACAGCAACAACAACAACGGUGAUGAUGGCGACAACAGCGGGUGUGCUUACGUGGACGUGGAGGACGGUUUCCUGCCCCGGUUUGUGGUCCCACAGACAAGUCCCACCUGUGCGGUGGGCAUCAUGGUCGACGACGCAGAUCUCCGCGUCAAGGACUGCCUUGUCAGCCACACCCGCCUCGGUGUUCUUCUGCACGGCGGCUGCGCGGGCACGCGGGUGAGGGGGUUGGACAUCCGCAGCUGCACGGAAGCGGGACUGUACAUCUACGGCGUGGGCGGCGCGGCCGAAGUGCUUAACAGCUGUGUGCGCGCCUGCGGACGUGCGUGUUUACUUUUGGUGGGUCCCUCGGCAGCGGAGGCGGAGCAGGCGGCCGCAGUGCUUGAGACGGACGCGGCGCCUGUUGACGAUGAAGAGGAGGAGGAGGAAGAUGCCGAGGAAGGCGGUGACCGCGGGGGUGUCAAGCGUCGUCCGGUUCUGGCGCAGCACCCCCACCUCAAGUCUAACACGUUUAUCGGGUCGGUGCGUGUGCAAGGAGAGGUGCGGAGCGGCGCCGUCGUGGACAACUUCGUGUUUUUGCCGAAGGAAGAGAAGUCAGCGGCGGCGGUGGUUACUGCCGCCGCGACGCUGCUCUCGGUGGAUGCGUCAGCGCGACGUGGCUUUACCUACGUAGGCGUCGAGGGGGACCGCGUGAUAGGCCGGACGGCCGAUCAAGUGGCCGCAGUCUGA